AGUUUCCUUUCCGCUGACACCUCUACCAGAGCCGUGAAGGAAGAGAUUACCGAGGCAGGCGGCUGCCACUCCAGGCAUGGGGACCCCACGGGUGCCCUGGCCUCUCGUCUGGGCCGUGCUGCAGCUGGGCUGGUGGCCAGGAUGGCUCCUAGACCCCCCUGACAGGCCCUGGAGCCCCCUCACCUUCUCGCCGGCCCAGCUCACAGUGCUCGAGGGGGAGAACGCCUCCUUCGUGUGCAGCCUUCCCAACGUGCCCGCGAGCUUCGUGCUCAACUGGUACCGCAUGAGCCCCCGCAAUCAGACAGACAAGCUGGCCGCCUUCCAGGAGAACCGCACCCAGCCCGGCAAGGACAGGCGCUUCCUCGUCGCAAGGCUGCCGAGCGGGCAGGACUUCCGCAUGACCAUCCUCACCACCCGGCUCAACGACAGUGGGGUCUAUCUCUGCGGGGCCAUCUACCUGCCCCCCAACACGCAGAUCAGCGAGAGUCCGCGCGCGGAACUCACCGUGAGAGAGAGAGCCCUGGAGCCCCCCACGGAGAGCCCUAGCCCCCCACCCAGACUCACGGGCCAGGUGCAGGGGUUGGUCAUCAGUGUUACAAGUGUGCUGGUGGGUGUCCUCCUGCUGCUGUUGCUGCUGAGCUGGGCGCUGGCGGUUGCCGUCCCCAGGGCCACUCAAGGUGCCUGUGGCUGCCAAAGUGAGGACGAGCCUCUGAAGGAGGGCCCCUCUGAAGCACCUGUGUUCACUGUGGACUACGGAGAACUGGAUUUUCAGUGGCGAGAGAAGACGCCGGAGCCCCCAGCCCCCUGCACCCCGGAACAGACAGAGUAUGCCACUAUCGUCUUCCCCAGCAGGCCAGGCUCCCCGGGCCCCCUGCCUCUGAGGCCUGAGGAUGGACCCUGCCCUUGGCCCCUCUGACCAGCUUCCUCAGCUGCCCUACGUCCCUCAGAGCCUCUGCCAGGAGUGCGGGCAGACCCUUCCCUGGAAGAGCACCUGGCCAGGAGGCAAUGGGGACUGCCAGCUUGGCUCUCCUCUCACUGCUCACAUGACCUGGGGGCAGAAGGUGUCCCUGUGUGGCAGAGGAAAGGACACGAGCCCAGGACUCGGGACCUGAGCCAGCCCAUCACUCCCCAGAUCUGCUGCUCUGCGCCACCCCCUCCACCACACAUGCCUCCCUGGCAGGGACCGUCUAUGCUGUGGCCUCCUGCUGAGGGAUCUCCCUGACCCACCACUGCCUCCCAGGGGAGCCUGGUGCCUGGACGUGGGGGCCACAGGGUCCCUGGUUGGGGACUCUACCAGUGAGAUACCCCCAUAGCCAAGAGCUGGAGGGGCACAUGAAAGGGGUCAGGGACCUCGUGCUCCUCCGGGCCUGGAAGAGAGCUCCUGGUGUGGGGAAGGGCAGGGCACCCAUGGGCCACCCUCAUGCACAGCCCAGCCCACCAGGCAGCCUGGGGGCAGGGGAGGUGGUAACAAGGGAAAGAGGCAGAGCUGGAGGCAUCCCAGAGGGGCUGUCCUGGGGGCCCCCGGGAGUCCCCUCCCCUCACUGCCCAUGCAUGGUGCUAUUUACAGGGGCCUCUGGCCGGCACCCAAAGGUCCACUAUCAGGGCAGGGGCGCAGUGGCUACCCCAGCAUCAGGGGCUGUGUUGGGUCCCACACACACCUCAGAGCCCCUUACCCUGUUCCAUCAUAUUAUAAUUAAAUAAUAACGAAAGCUCUAA